AGUCGAGAUAGUCGCGCGUUGGCUCGGACCGGUGUCGACCGUUUCGUUGCGUUCGUCCUUCUAACAAGUUGAAACGUCAAAAACUUUACGUAGUUCUCACAUAGAUUAGCGUUAAAUCGUCCCGUUGUUGCAAUUAUAUUAAAGAAUAUCAUGCACUUUUUAGCGGUUUAAGUUUCACGCUUAGACUUUUGUUGUCUGCUUAUUCUGACCUGUUUUUUUAAGAUCGUGUCUUCAAUUUUGUGGAAAGCAGUGACUUAAGUGCAUGUGAGAUAGAUCCUGUUGCACCAUCUAGUAACGGUGCUGACUCAAGAUGUGCCCGCGAACAAAAAAUCGAUGUUGGUCGCUAAAAAUAUUAACCACAUAGAUUACCAAUAUUACAUUGAUUAGCCGCCAGUAAUAACUUCAUAGAAGUACAUUUUAUCAUAAAAUUGUAUUAAUAAAAAUCUCAAUAUGAAUAUCAACAUCAUACCACUACUCUUGACAUGCAAUUUUAUAUUGAUAUCGGCUAAAAUUGAUUCAGCUGAAGAAGAGGAUACUGCUAGAGCAAGGAUGUUAAGAAAUAGAGAGAAUAAUAGAAAUCGUACAACAUUCAAUGGCACAUUGACUGACCUUCCUGAGCGACGAAACUUGAGGCAUAGAAAUAGUUCCAAAUUUCGAGGAGAUAGGCAUAGGGCUUGGGAGUAUGAAACGAGGCGAGACCGAAGGAAACUGUCAGCUAGUCAUUCUAAUGAAGAUUAUAGUGCUCCCAAUCCGACCAUUGAACCGUCUGACAUAAAAAGAGAUGACAAAUCGCGAAAAAAUGAUAGACAUUGGAACAGAAGCAACGCGGAGAAAACUCCAAACCGAAGACCUGUAAACCAAAGCAAGGAUAGACCGUCUCAUCCUUUACCAGUAAAGGAGAACUCGACAAGGUCUAGAUUGAGAGUUAUGAAUAAAUGGCAGGGUGGUGGUUAUAUUCCUUAUCCCCAGCCACGAGAAAGAAAACCUAAUAUUAUCCUUAUCUUGACUGAUGAUCAGGACGUAGAACUGGGAAGUCUGAAUUUCAUGCCAAGAACGAUGAAAACGAUAAGGAGUGCUGGAGCAGAAUUCCGGCAUGCGUAUACUACAACACCUAUGUGCUGUCCAUCAAGGAGUUCUCUACUCACGGGGGUUUAUGUACAUAACCACAAUGUGUACACAAAUAACGACAAUUGCUCUUCGCCGCAGUGGCAGGCAACACAUGAGACUAACACUUUCGCCACAUACCUCUCCAAUGCUGGGUAUCGCACAGGUUACUUCGGAAAAUAUCUGAACAAGUACAACGGGUCGUACAUCCCGCCGGGCUGGCGUGAGUGGGGCGGCCUCAUCAUGAACUCCAAGUACUACAAUUAUAGUGUCAAUAUGAACGGCAAGAGGAUCAAACACGGAGAUGAUUAUCACAGGGAUUAUUAUCCAGACCUAAUUGCUAACGACUCAAUAGCAUUUCUGCGUGCGUCCAAGAGGCGGUUCUCGCGGAAGCCGGUGUUGCUUGUAAUGUCGUUUCCAGCUCCACACGGGCCUGAAGAUUCUGCGCCGCAGUUUUCACAUCUAUUCUUUAAUGUCACCACCCAUCAUACACCCACAUAUGACAUGGCCCCGAAUCCUGACAAGCAGUGGAUAUUACGUGUGACUGAGAAGAUGAAGCCAAUACAUCGACAAUUCACAGAUUUACUUAUGACUAAGCGUUUGCAGACACUGCAAAGCGUUGAUAUGGCUGUAGAACGAGUUUAUCAAGAGCUAAAAGCGCUGGGGGAGUUGGAUAAUACGUAUUUAGUUUACACAUCGGACCAUGGCUACCACCUCGGGCAGUUUGGCUUAGUGAAAGGGAAAAGUUUUCCAUUUGAGUUUGAUAUUCGAGUACCGUUUCUAGUACGUGGUCCCGGUGUGGAGCCCGGCACUGUUGUGGAUGACAUUGUUUUGAACAUUGACCUGGCACCUACAUUUUUGGACAUGGGCGGCGUAGAUCCACCACCUCACAUGGACGGAAGAUCACUGCUGCCGUUGCUGCAGCCGCGACGCAGAAGGCAGGCAACCCAACACUGGCCGGACACGUUCCUUGUUGAGAGUUCUGGCCGCCGAGAAACACACGCGAUGGAUGUCUUCCGGCAGAAAUACAGUCGGGAGAUGAAUGAGCGAACUACAGCGGUGCCGCAUGACUUGUCUUCAGAAAGCAGUGACUUCGAUGAUGAUCUUGAUGAUGAUGAUUUCUUGGAGCUGGACGACGAGGAUGAUGAGGAGGUAAGUUUCGAAACCGAUAGUGAACCAAAGAAGUCAUCAGAACCUCUAUUAAACAACGAGAGCCAUAAUCCCAUCUUAGAAGCGAGUCUGGAAAAAGCACUAGAUCUAGCAGAAAGCAGUACAAAUAAUCAACAAAAUUACUUGAAGUUUUUUGAUGAUGAUGGUGACACGGGCUUGGUAGAUGGCAAAGCAGCACGGAUAGCAGCUGAAUGCUCAAAAGCGGAACUUCGUGCCCCGUGCUCCUCUAGAAGAAAAUGGAAAUGCGUACUGGUAAAUGGAAGAUGGCGAAGGCAUAAGUGCAAAUAUGAGGCUGAAAUUAGCACACCAACACCAAAAAUGAGUACAAAGAAAUGCGCAUGUUUCACGCCUAGUGGACUUGUUUAUACAAGACUAGAAACAGAUGGAACUAUAGCCCGUCGACCUGUUGACCCAAAUAAUAAAGAGAACGGUACACGAACUCGCAGAUCUAUUGACAACGAUGUCUUCGAACCAAAUACAGUAGAAGGUAUUCUUAAUGAAAAUCCAAGCAUUGGGCAUUUGGGUUUCAAAACCGAGCCCUUAGAUGAAAUAGAAGAUAAAGAUAUAAACGAAAAAAUAGAUAAACUUAUAAAGGAAACUGAAGCGUUUCUUAAAGCUUAUGAACGUACCAAAGAUAAUCUAGAUCAUAAGAGAAGUAAACGGAGAGCUCAAAAUUUUAAUCAUAAUAAACAUAAACGUAGAAAUGAUGCAAUAACGAAUAAUAACGAAUCAUCAUUAGAAUGUAAAAUAGAAAAAGAUGGUACAGUUAAUUGUUCACAAGUUAUAUAUAAUGAUUUACAAGCUUGGAUGACAAAUAGAUUAAGUUUAGAAGACCAAAUAAGACAAUUACGUACAAAAUUAGAAGACUUAAAGGAAAUAAAAAGGCAUUUAAAGACUGCAAAGCCCAUUGUUGAACCACAGACACAUCCUCCAACUACAGUAAAUUUACACAACACGAAUAUUACACACGAUCACAAUAGUUCAAAAGAACAUAUAAGGAAAGGCAGAUUACAUAGAGUGAGAACAAAGCACAGAAAUGUCACAUCGUAUGAUAAAAAAUUUCGACAAUCAAAUGAAUAUGUCAUUCCGACUAUUAAUACUAAUGCCAAAGAUGAUAUUUUUAAUACACAAAUAAAAAAUGAUACAACAAAUAUAAGCACAACGUUUCGUCUGCAAGACACAUCAACGACUGAACUAAAUAUACAUACAGAAUCACCAAAUCUACGAACUACUACAAUUACCGUAGAUGAUAACUACAGCAAACAAUUGGAUAAAGACAAAACUACUGUUCAUAACAGUAUAUUGACAACCGGUGACAUGGUUACAACAGAAUUUACUAAGUUAUACGAAAUAUCUAAUAGGAAUAAGCUCUUGCCAGAUGAGGAAAAUUCUACAUAUCACGUAGAUUUAUCAAAGGACGCUCAGUACUACACUUCGGAAAUUGACAAAAUGUUGACCACUGAAAAAAUGUCUACUAAAAUUGAAGCAAUUGAAACUACACCGUCCACCCCUGUUACAUUUGUAACAAUUCCAACAGUUCAAAAUAGUAGUAAUUUAGGACCAGCGCGACUUGACGCGUCCGAAUACGAACAGACAAAUCCCAAUAAAGGUAUGUCUGGACUAAAAGGGCUUCUAGAUAAUGGUAGUGACAGUUUUCAAAGGCGAUUACACCCGUUGUAUAUUGAAAAUGAGGAUAAACAUGUCUGCUACUGCGAGGAAAAUCGGAAAACUAGAGGACCAAGCCACAGUUAUUGGGAAGCAGCACAGAAGGCGAGGGAAUUACGCAGGAAGCUGAAAGCACAAAAACUACGGAAAAAGAUGAGAAAAGCAAAAAAGAAGGCCGAGUUGGAAAAACUAUGCGAAUCGGAGCGAAUGAACUGCUUCCGUCAUGACAACGAACAUUGGCGAACCGCGCCUCUGUGGACCGCUGGGCCUUUCUGCUUCUGCAUGAGCGCCUCUAACAACACGUACAACUGUGUGAGGACCAUCAAUGCUACCCAUAACCUACUCUACUGCGAGUUUGUUACUGGUCUCGUCACGUAUUACAACUUGCGAAUAGAUCCGUUUGAAACGCAGAACAGAGUUAAAUAUCUAACCGCAGCAGAAAAAGAUUAUUUCCACAAUCAAUUACAACAGCUGCUGAGUUGCCGCGGCCCGUCGUGCCGACGAUACUCACAUUCGAAUUUCGGAGCCAGCGAAGAGAAUUAUAGCAGAAGAUUUGAUGACGAACAAAUGUACAGGGGUGAACCCAUUGGAGCUUGGCGAUGGAAUACGUAUAGCCGCCGGUACGCAAGAGCGAGAGAAUUACAUCGUCGUCGACACAUGAUGGCUUUCUAGUCUGUUUUAUAUAAUUCUCUUGGAAUAAUCUAUUUUAUUCACGAAUCUGCUUAUAUCAGACGUGUUCAAGUAGUCAGAGUUAAAAAAUUGAAAUAAUGUAGUCUUCAUCUAUGUACCUAUUAGGAAGAGGUAUCUCAUUGUAUGUGAUUUAAGUCUAUGUAACAGAAAUAGGUAGUUGUGUAAGAUAAUUUUAAAAUAGGCAUCGAAAUGUAGGGCUUCCCAUAAUUUCAUCUUCGCUAUAUAUAUAGAAUGUAUACAGUUACUAGUGUGAUUAUAAUAUGCUGUUUACUACAACUUCAUUUCUUCUGUGCCUACAUAUAAAUGUCACUCUAUAUUAAGAGAUCUGGGGAAGCAAGUAUAGUUUUAAAGUUUACAGUCAGUAAUUUGUGUUAAGUUAUAACAAGUAUAUUUUCCAAGUAUAUAUACCUAAAUUAAUGAUUGCUAAACCAGUUUUCUUUAGUAUACCAUCUAUAGGUAGGUAUAAAAUUGUUAUUAGAGUAUCUAUAUAAGAAUAUAUGAUUAGAUCACGUUCUCAAAACAAAAUCGUCUGUAUUAUAAAAUCGGUCAUUAUUCGCAUCUUUGAUAACCCUGAACUAAUUGUAAUAUUGUUUAACCAAUCGGCCUGGUUGUACUCUUUAUGAUCCGGGCGGACCGGGAAAGAAGAUUUUCAAACGUUAAUGCGUAUUACAUUGGUAACGCAUUCAAUUUUCAGGGAACCUA